CUUUCCCAAACAAAGAGGAUCGUGUGAAGUGCUGGAGUCGUAGAGACGAAUAUUGGCAAUGUCUCGAUGAAAGCAAGACUCAAACAGAAUGUAUAGAAUUUAGGAAACAAUAUGAAAAAUAUUGCCCAGCUCAAUGGGAAUUGUCUUGACGGUGAGAUGCAAAAUUCGGAAAAAUCCGAUUUGCCGAAGCAAUACGAUAAGGAGGGCCAAGUCGUUCUCGAUUUUUAAAUGGCAAAUAAAAACUUGCGCCAUUAAAUAUAUUCAUAUUACUUGACAUAUUACGAAAUAUAAGUCUGCAGGAAAAACAAACAAAUCGUAUUGUAAACAAUUGUCUUUGAAUAUGAGAUAAUAUGAAACUAGUAGACAUGGAAAAGAAAAUAAAACCGUAUGAGGUCCUCAAGGAACUUCAGAAAUGUCAAGAUGAUAUACCGAUUCUUCGAAAAUUGAUAGCUUCCUUGUUUUUGCUUGAUUCUGCGAAGACAAGUACGACAGAAUGGCAAAUGGUUUUAGCGCACAUUAUGGAGAUAAUCAGUAACAAUAACGAAUUGGGAAACGAACGCGUUCUUUUAGCGUCCCACGCGUUAUAUACUGUGUUUCCGACGCAAUAUAGUUCGAAUUUUUUCAGAGACGCAAUUACUUUCCAAGAUUUGUCUACGGAAAACACAUUUUAUUUCUGUCGUAAAUUAUAUAUCGUUUCCGAUCCCGAACUCUUUAAGCUAGUGCACGCUUAUGGAUAUCUGCAGGUGAAUUUGAAUUAUAUUUUCGAUUCGAUGGUCUCAGAAUACAGAAUUUUUUUCGUGCUAUUCAAAGUGAUAUAUAGAAAUUGUAUAACAUAUACGAAAUAUACCUACUUCGCAUAUAAAGUAUUGUCCAUGUGGUUGAAGAAAUUUAUAAGAAUGUACGACGAGACCUUUCGGGACGAAUACAAUUCUUUUAUGGAACGAAAACUGGAAGCUAUCAUAUUCUCCAAUUGGUCCAAUGUGCUUAAUUUAUGCAAGCAGAAUGCAGAAAUUUUUAAGAUAUAUCUCCAGCUAAUGUCAGAGAAAUAUGAUAAGACAUUUGUAGAUCAUGUAUAUCAUAUUUGUCUUAAAGAUAUGUCGUGGCAAAAUGAAACAAAAUACGUUAUUCUAGCGGAAAUUGUUCAAGUCCAUGAUAUGGAGAUCCAAGAACUUAUCGAGAAGGGUUUUUUAUUUGAUUUAUGCAAUAGUUUAACAAAAAAUUCUUUGCGCUGCGGCGGUACAAAGCUUUAUCUGGCUAUUUUAAAAAGACUAAGGAAUGGAACUGAAUGGGAAAUAAUAUUUGGAGAUGUUAUGCGUUCCAUUAUUUUUCGCUGGGAGUCAGGAACGUAUGAGGAUCAUAAUGCUAUUCAAUCGUUGAUUAAAUAUUGGCUCGAACCGACCGUUGAAAAAUAUAGAAACGUUUUGUUCUUUUUAUGGGAUUUGUGCAAAGAUUUGCAGGGAUAUUUCUUUCUUUCGCACCUGGUGAGAUUGGGCGCCAAAAUACAUAAGUUAGAAGAAAUGCUCGAAAGAAAGAGUUACUUUGAUGUUCUUACAAGUUAUAUAAACGAUAAAGAAGAAAUCAUACGAUUGAAUGCUUUCGCCGCGUUCUGUUAUCACGCUGUUGCGUUGAUCGAUGCUGAAGACAGAGAAGAUCCAUUUCAUCUGAUAAAAGAAUUUCUUUGGUUUAAUGCCAAUACCGCAACGAUUCUUAUGAGAGAAGGGAUAAUAAAAUAUUUCUGGAUACUAUGCUCGAAUAUCUUGAAAGCGAUUAAUGUUAAAGGUAAUUGCAUGAAGUCUGUUUUCGAGUUAAUGGAAUGGUUGCAUGAAUACUUCCUGGACUGUUUUGAAAUUGGAUCAUGUUAUCAACGCAAGAUCCUCGCUUUAAACUUAUACAAAACCUUACUCUCUUUCACAAAUAAAAAUUUGCACAAGAGCUACACCCAUAAAAAGAACUCUUUUUGCUAUAAUACGGUAGUCGACAAAUAUUUAAAAACUACUGAUAAUUGGAAAUUUAUAAAUAAAGAAUCUUUGUUUUUAUUAUUGAGACUUGUGUUAGACUCUGCACUUGAUGUUAGACAACUAGCUGCAACUCUCAUUCUGGAGUAUUUUGAAAAAGAUACUUUGUCGACUAGGGAAAAACAAAUACUCUACAAUUGUGCGUGGGAGCAUUGCAAUUCUUCCAAAUUCUAUAAAAUUGAAAGUGGAGCCACUCUCCUAAAAAUAAUGGCACAUUGGUUGCCUUUGAAUGAGAUCUUUGAAGAUGUAGCUGGAUUAUUUUCUAAGGAUGAACAUAUUGUCCUCGUUUACUCAAGUUACUCAGAAUUUCUAUUGAAUGAAGCUAAAAAACAAUUAGGACAGAUGAAAAGCGACAUUUUAAAAGCCAUAGUCAAAAAUACACCUUUCUAUGGUAUGUUGACUGCUUUACUGGCAAUUGCUUUCCGCGGUGGUCCAGAAAAAUCGAUUUUACAAUUAAAAUUUACGGAAGAAAUACUCUGUCUUUUGGGAAAUGCUAAUGAUUUUUUUUUAUCUACGUUUUCUACGAAAUCAUCAAAUACAGUUUGCCCAUCUUCGUUUGCGGAGAUGGGAUUGGCUAUUGAUGAAAAAAUAAAGACCAGUGAAAUAGAGGAUUUUGAUCACGAUGAAUUACAAUUAUCGUCAGCACAUCAAGUACUUAUCUCAUGCAUCUGGAUGUCCUUGAAGACAUUAUGUGAAAUUGCGAGCGAAAUUGGAAUGUUGAUGCAGUCCCAUAAACAUGUACAAUUUUCAAUGAACAUUAUCGUUACGGUACUACAGAAUUGUCGGCAUAAAGGUGUAGUGGAAUGUGCUGGUGCCGCGAUUGCGAAUUUAUCCAGACGUUUAUAUAACUCAAAAGAAUACUCCAAGUUACCGAAAACGUAUUUGAUGGAUUUAUUAAACAAGGAUGAGGAAGAAUCAUUAUCCUUAACGCGACGAGGUGCUGGAUUGACGAUCAUGUUUCAUAAAUUAGUCGUUAGCGAUGAUCGAAGGAAUAGACCUAUAGUACAUUUUGCAAUACAGACUUUAUUGGACUCGUUAGAUUCGAAAAAUAAGGAAAAACAGUUAUCUGCCUCCUCGGAGAUGGCUGUAUUCAACUCGUUAGAAAAUGAGGAAAAACAACCAUCUUCUUUAGAAUCUGUAGAAACUGGAAAGGAUUCACCAUUGGCGAGACGCCUGCACUUCUUACGCGCUUUAGUAGCUGACAAGGAGAUACAUGCGCAUUUAGUUUCAUAUAUGGAGGAAAUUUGUUUAACUUGUUUUAAAUACAUGCAAUCCGAUGUUUGGAUUAUAAGGAAUGCGAGUUUGCAGUUGUAUGGCGCGGUGAUGCCGAGAUUGGUGGGUCAGUGUACAGAAAAAAGCGACGAAACAUUUAAUUUCGGUGAUGGUUAUUCCGUCAAUCACUUUGUCAUGCAUUACCCGAAAUUAACGAGUCACGUGUGGAAGCAGCUCCGAGAAGUUUCGGAGAAGUGUGGAACUUCGAACGCGACGUUGCGCUGUUACGCCGGUGUCAUGCCCAUUCUCACAAUGCUAUCGAAACUGUCGAUGAGCGGUUGCGACCUUGUAGAUUAUCCCGCGAAGAUGUUCACGGUGAAGGUUAAAUGUCUGUUGCUAGUUUUCCUCGGUAACCCGAUGAUACACGUCAGACAACUUGCUGCGAAAGCGUAUGUGGCUCUCACGCCUUUGAACGCCUUUGAUAUCUACUCAGAAUUAGAUAUAAUCAGGAAUAAGGCUAUUUCAAGCAAAGUUAAUAUGUCGCAUGGGUAUAUGUUAACUUAUGGAUAUUUAAGAGAAAGGUACAAUUAUGUUACUCGCAAUUUAUAUUCUAAUGGAAAAACGAGAAACUGUGUUGAGUUCUGUUGGACCGCAAAAGAUAAGUUUGGAGAAAGUCGAUACAAUUAUAUAUUAGAUAUGUGGCAAAAUAUAAGGAAUAAAUGUAAAAAUGCCACGCAUCCGUGUUACAUUUUGGAGACAUUGUUUCUACGUGAAUUUAACUGUACUCAAUUCGGAUGUAGAGUCCUCUUUCAUGACAAUUUAGCCGAUAUCAAACAUAUAAUGCCGUCGUUAAAAAUUCAACCAGGAUUCUUUCAAUUCAUUGAAUUUCUGGAGCAAUUACACAUGAGAUUUUAUAAAUCAACGAUCGAAAGUAAAUUAAAAUCUGACGAUUGCAAACAGAUAGGCAACGUUCUGAAUUCGAUUUGUAUCGAGCAAAGUAUCGGACUUCUAAAAGGCUUGUCAUACUGUGUCCCUUUAUUGGAAUUUGUUCUUGAGUACUUGAUGUCAAUAAAGGGCAAUCGCCAUCAAUUACUUCUCGAUGAGAUAGUAGCAUUUACAUUGGGAACUAUAAAGAAGGCUACUUUGCCAUUAAUAAUUCGAGAUGAAAAAAAUAAAGUCGAAGAAUUUAAAAAAGUGGAAUUCGAUGAGAGACUAAUAAAGAAGUUUGUUGAGGCAAAGAUUUUUGCUAUCACAAAAUCGAGCGUAAUUCGCAUGAAGAAUUCAUUGAUUUUAGCAUUGUCUAGCGAUGAGACGUUAAUAAACAGAGUAUUAUCGUAUGUUUAUGAUAUAUGUAUGGAUGAGAAACAGUCUGUGCGGUUGAUAGCGGCGGAAUACAUUGAGAUCGCUAUGAAUCGUUUCAUAUUGCCGAUGGACAACAAUAAUCAAUUAUUGGCAAAGAAGUGCUGCUUAAUUUUGUUAAAGGAUGAGAUCGCUGAGAUACGCGAGAUCGCAUGGAAAUCGUACAAGAUGUACGAUUACACGCAUCAAUUAUUACACAAAGAAAUAAUGUACCAAUGGCUUCUAUUUGAUGUUAUUUAUCAUCAGUCAGCUAAUGAUAAUGUGAAUUUUGUACAUUAUUUCACAUUUCCCGACUCAUGUGCCCUUCGAGACGGCGAUUUUAACAGGACGAUCGAGAAUCCGUUCCAUCAUAACGACAGUGUUUUCUAUAAGGAGGAAUCCAAAUUUUUAAAUCUAUGCUUCCUCCACGACCCUUCAAGCAAUGAAUCCGAUAUCUACAAAAAUUCUUCGAUCAUUAUACGCGCGAUACAAACGAGACAUUUCAGGAAGUUGCAGGAAGAAGCUGGUUAUAGUUAUAAUGAUCUGCGAGUGAUUUUGAAUUUGAAAGAGAUUGAUUACAUUACGCAAAAACGAAAUAUUAUUAUACAACAGUGGAGGUAACAAUUCUCAUCCAUUUAUUUUUCAUUUAGUAAAACGUAAACUAGUUGAUUAGGUAAAAUUUUUUAAAUAAGUAAUGAUAAAAUAAUCUUUUCAUGUGAGAUUGAUUUAUAAAUAGUAUAUUUUAACUUCUCAAAUUUGCAAAAAAAUCAUUAUCACAGCUGAUUUUUCAUCAGUUUUCAUUUUGAUUUAAUAUUUUGUUAACAAUGGCUAAAUCGAUUCUUGUUUUACGUAUAAAUAAUAAUAUAUAAUUGACAAAUAUAAUUAGCAAUAUUUCAUUAAUAAAUAGCAAAAUAAUGAUUUAGAGAAAAAAAUUUGUUUAAAUAAAUUAACCAAGGAAUUUUUAGA